AUGCAAGUACGCGUAUUUGCCGUCUCAUCAUUGUUGCAAAUGGAUAUCGACACAUUAUCCGACUCGUCCGAAAUUCUUCCUGAAAAGGACAACCCGGGAGAGACACUUGACGCGGAGGAGAAAAGUCGAAAAGCGUUCGUAAGGAAACAAGUCCUCGAAGUAGAAGAACUCGUGAAAUGGCACGGUCUUGAUGUACCACAAUUGAUAAAAACUUUGGACGUUAUUCUAAGCGGAAAACUUGGGGAUACCAGAAGACUGAUCAAGUCCCUAAUUCCACGUACAAAGGUGCCUAGUUCGUUGAUAGUGAAAAUUUUAGGGAACCUUGGAAAUAAGAGUGUAAAGCUUAAGAUUCAACUCCAAACACGAGUUGGAACCGAACCUCAUAUCCAGGGAUUAUUGGCGCUCUAUAGAGAUUACUCUCCAACCUUGGUGACGAUUCACAUUCCCUUUACUAAAAACGCGACAUUUAAAUGUCCAGAUGUAGCAUGGAUUCAUCUAUUAAAUAAAGUGUACGCGAGGUGGAAUAAAGGUGAAUCCCUGUUUGCAGCGCCCGCGGGAAAAUUAAAGAACUCGAGAUGGACGGGCAUCACCACUCUCGAAGAGAUAUCAGAUGUCAAGCAGUUCGCGGCAAAUAUAGACAAGAUUGAAUUUCCCGACCGUUUGGCUUCCGUUCUGGUGGAUAGUCGAAUUCUGCAGGACAUUCUUGCGUGCGAUCCUCAAAAAGUGAUCGUCGCCCGAGUCAAUUACUGGAUUGAUCAAUAUCUCAUGUAUCUUGUGCACUGUGGUGAUAACGACAGAGAUGACAAUGCAAGGUCAAGAUUUGUUGAAUUUUUUUUUAAACUGGUCGCGAUGACCGAGGUCUUGAAGGAAUUGCUUCCGGCUAUUCAUGAAUUCAUGAUUAAAUAUAUUCGCUCGUGGAACGGAAUUGAACAUCAAGGGCAAAUCUUUAGUAUCCUGGCUUUUCUUCGGCCUGGACCUUUUGACCAGAUUUCUACCAAUUUUUUGGAACCGCUUAAAAAACUAUUUGCAGCUUCUGCGGCUAGUUGGAAGGCCAGGCUAAUACAUUGUUACACGAAUUUACUAAAAUAUUGGAUUUUGCUUCACGCAACAAGACAAAAUCUUGACGGGGAGAGUCUGUCUAACGAAAUUGAUUACACCACGACAAUCUAUGGUUUCAUCAACCAUAUCGAGGAGAUUGCGCAGGAUGCUCUUGAAGUAACUGACAAUUAUUUCCAUGUUUACUUGUUCUUUAAAUUAUACCGCAAAUAUUUAAUCGAACGGAUUGUUGUUGCAUGA